AACAACGCUCGUUUCUAUAACAUAUUCAUAAUUCAACUAAUGUUGGUGAAGGAAUGAGGAUUGCGAAAUACUUUUCAAAGACGUGGUUGGCGGUGCUGUCACGUAGCAGCAGAGAGUUUGCUUUCCUUGAAGGCAAGGAGAAUGCGAGGCCACUGGUGUUAAAUGGUGUGAAUGGGAGGACUUGAAACAAAGGAGCUAAUUAGCUUACUUGUGUCCCAUUUAAAAUAUUGAUAUUUAAAAAUGGCAGUUGUUGAAGUGAGCACAAAGGAAUGCCGCAAAGAACUGAAAUUUGAUAUGGGAAAAGUGCACCAAGGGUUUUCAGCAUCCUGCAUUGAAAAUGAGGAUGUUUGUAUGGACGAUUAUUUAGAGGCAUACGGUGAAUUGUACAAUUUUUUUCAGUUAAUGGGGGCAGUAUUUGGUUUUGUUGCUUCCGAUGUUAAAAGCAAAAUUGAAAUUCUCGAAGAAUUGCGAAAAGGUACUGAAGGUGAUAAUUUCACUACCUUGAAGAGAAUGGUUAAAUAUGAAAGUGAAGCUGGGCUUCUGAAAAAGUCCAACUAUGUAUCGGGAUGCCGAACGUUCUUACGACUACAUCGAGGUUUAGAUUUUAUAAGACUCUUCCUACAAAGGGUAGGUGAGUUACAGAAUAAUGAUAAAACUACAACUGUUUGUCAAGAAGCCUACAAUGAAACCCUGGCAAAAUUCCAUCCGUGGAUUGUUAGAAAAGGAGCAAUUGUAGCAAUGUAUGCAUUACCUACAAAAGAUGGUUUUCUUCAAAAGGUGUGUGGUACCCCAGAAGAAGUUGCAAGAGCCCUGGAGUUGCUGCCUCAGUUCCUUGAAGUUGCGAAAGAAGCUUAUGAUAGAGCAGACAAAGUGUAUUCAGACAACAGUUUACAUGAUUUGCCAUAAUAAAGUAAACUGUGAAAAUUGUUCAAGGAACAUUCCUAGGUGUAUGUGUGAUUGGUUUUUCAUUUUGCAUAUCAAUUCAGUGAUACUUGAUAUGGUUUGCAGUCUGUCAAGCUUGGUUGCAGAUAAAAUACUAUAAGAAAUCACAUAUUGUGAACCUGAUUGUGCAUAUGUGUUUGUGUGGGUAUGCAAUUUAUGUUCCUGGUGUUUUAUACGCUGUAAUUUUAUGUACAUAAAAUUGACCAUGGUAAAGUGUUUUUAGGAGACUAAAACCUUUUAUUUGAAUAAACUAUUAGCAUAUUGUAAAUAUUUUGUUUCUUUUAGUUUCAAUGAAACUUUUUUCUCAUUGCUCCAUUUUCAUCAAGUGG